CUAGUUCAGUGACUUGUGGGCCGCGGUGCUGUUUGGACGGACGUGUACCGUGCGCGUGCGUAGAACGCGCUCGACGAGCGCAGCCUUCGCGUGGAAUAAUAUUUUGAAAUUGGAAUCGUGUGUGUUCUCAAAUUGAAAAAUCGCUGACAGUGACAGGAGUGUUGCAGUGAAUGGAAUUUUGUUUUACGUUGACAAACUUAGUUAUAUUAUAUGGAUAUAUAUUUUAUUUUUUAUUUUUGUGGUGCAUAAAGACGGAUCUGUAAACUUUUGGAUUGCGUUUUGGACUCGGUGUAAAGUGUUGGGACAGCCGUUAUCACCUAAUGUGUUCAAAUACAACUCAGCCUUCCAGCAUAGCAAUAUUCUACAAAUUAUCCUACUGGUAUGGCUCGAUAUAAGAGCUGAUUGGAUGCCAGCGUGGGAGCCGUCAGACAGUUAGCGGCGGCGGCGUGUGCUUAGUGGGUGUGCGUCCCGCUGCAUCUAUGCUGUAUCGACGCAGGUUCAACAUACACUGGGACGUCGCCAGGUUGCUGCUGAAAAGGAGAGGACUGAGAGGGGUGAGGUAACCUGGCCCGGGUGCGGAGCAAGUCAAUUUCAACCAACGCCAAUCCAACCGAAAUGUGUUCCGCCGUAACCGAGUACCUAAACAUUGCGUAAAAUAUACAUCGAAUAAUGUACGAUCCGUCCAAGACGCUGCCAAACAUUUUGAACGAAUUUAUUAGUGUAAAUACAGUUUUAGACGAUUUAUAUUGUGUGUAGUCGCGUGUGCGUGUGUGACAGCGCCACCUGGCGUGGAGUAGAGACAACGUGGCGGGGACGCAUGCGCCGUCGGGUCCGGCGCUGGCGAUGCCCUUUAUUGAAGACGAAUGGUGGUCUGCGGAGAAUGAGGGCAGAAUGGUCGACCUCUCCAAUUGCCUUCAGGACGCGGUAGUAGCUGCUGGUGGUCAAGCCGCCGCUCAACUGCAACAAAUGGCGUCAUCGCUGGGAGAGCUAUCCCAGGCAGAACUGUCCAAUAUUGUGGGCGGACUCACGCUGGAGCCUGACGGUUCAGAGGCCGCCGACCCCGAUGACAUACUCAAGCAACUGGGGGAGACUGCCUUCGAUAAUUUUGACACCUUUUUCACGGAUCUUACAAAUGCUACGGCGUCAGCAGUUCCACCAAUCGAAAUAAAGCAAGAAGAAAAUAAUAACAUAUCAUCGCCAGCCUCCGGGAGUCAAUUACAAGGAUAUUACCAGCCUUCAAGUCAGCUGUCUCUACCUAAUGGUGGGCAGCAGAGGUUACAGCAAUUACUGAGGUCGGGAACGAACGCGAUCAGUAAUGCUGUCACGAGUAAUAUCAACAAUGGUCGAUACAACAUCGCAUCUGCUAACCCACUGUUGGCGGAGAAACUAGCAGCGACAUCUAGCGGCAUAAAGCAAGAACCAAUGAGUUCAGAUUAUAGUGGGACAACUAUGAACUAUGGAAGUGCAUCGCCAAUGCAACGAGUACCGAGUGGAAAGCCGCAGGUGCAUGAUGCUGGAGGAGGUAAAGUGGACGGCGGUGAGCCGGCAGGGCUGAGGUUGGGCGCGCGCGGCUCCCUCGGCCAAGCGCUGCUGCACGGGCUGCUAGCGCCUGCACCCGCCGCCAGGCAUCACUUGUACACCGCACCUAACACAGGUUCCCUCCCCCCGUCGCCGGCGGACAGCGGCGUGUCCGACGUGGAGUCGUCGUCAUCAGGCGCGGGCUCCGCCGAGGAGCUGAAGGCGCGGUUGCAGCCCCCGCCGCCGGCGCCCUUCCACACGCCCUUCCUGCCCUUCUACCAGCACCACCAGAUAGCAAACACGCUACAACACCAUGUCGCCGCACAUCCGAGGCCACCUGUGGGUGCAAUGAGCGAGCGCGACGCCUACGGCUACGGGUACGGCGGCGGGGGUGGCGGGGGCGGCGGCGCGCACCACUUCGCCGCGCCCGCACCCCCGCCCCUGCCCCACGACGACCUGCCCUACUCCGUGUUCGACUUCGGCGAGUACCAGCGGCACCACCACCACAACAAACUCAAGCCCAAGAAGAGGCCGCGGAGCGACGCGCCACCCACGCCCGGCGUCAAGCGCAAGAGCCGCGAGGGCUCCACCACGUACCUGUGGGAGUUCCUGCUGAAGCUCCUCCAGGACCGGGAGUACUGCCCGCGCUACAUCAAGUGGACGAACCGCGAGAAGGGCGUGUUCAAGCUGGUGGACUCGAAGGCGGUGUCGCGGCUGUGGGGCCUGCACAAGAACAAGCCGGACAUGAACUACGAGACGAUGGGCCGCGCGCUGCGCUACUACUACCAGCGCGGCAUCCUCGCCAAGGUGGACGGCCAGCGGCUCGUCUACCAGUUCGUAGACGUGCCCAAGGACAUCGUCGAAAUAGACUGCUCGCUGGCGUAGGCGCGAGCCGCCCGCGUGCGCGCUGAGCGAGCGUGUCAGUGAGCGAGCGAGCGGUGCGGUGGGCGGUGCGCAGUGAGCGCUGACCGGUGAGCGCUGAGCGCUGAACGCUGAGCGGUGAGCGGUGAGCGCUGAACGCUGAGCGCUGAGCGCCGAGCCGGACUUAUCCCGAACGUUAUCGGUUCGAAUCUCCAGUGAUGGACUGAGUGACACAGGACUUUCUGUCAUACGUAACUACGUUAUAGAGAUGCGUAUUCAUUUUUCUCUUACAUUUUUUCACUAAAUACUUAGUAAAUUCGUCUAUUUUUCAAAUCAUCAUGCAUUACGUUCUCCGAUCGCUUUAUGAUAAUGUUAUUAAGAUAAAUAUUAUAUUCUCAAAUCGAACUAAUAUAAACUUAUCAUUGAAUUUAAUAUUUAUACAAAAAUAGGAGAGACGAAAUAUAUUGCUCAAAUGUUUAUAUAGGUACCUAUUUUUAGGGGUAUUUCAGAAGAGGAACACUAAAUUUGCUAGCUGUUUGUUAUACCUACGGUACGGAGUGAUUUUUGUAUAAUGUUCAAAACGAAUUUUUAAAUGUUUGUAUUGAAGUUUCUAUAUAUUGCAUGUUUACGUGGAUCCACGAAAUCAGAACUUCCUACCUCAAAACUAAGCAAAAGUAACGAUUCAUAAGGAUAUAAUAUACAAUUUACGAUGUUUGAAAAUACAGUUUUACAAUAAUGCAAUUAGUGUGAACUUAUAGUAGAUAUAUACAUACAAUAAGAGUUUAUAUUAAAGAAAUAUUUACGUAAAAUGUUUAUAUAGCAACGGAACUAUCAUAUAACAUAUGUGACAUCCUCAGAUCACGUUUUUGGUGCUUGUCAAGGCCAUUUGCAUAUUUACACCUUGUUACAAAGGACCUCACUAAACUGUUGAUUAUAUACAUGUAUAUUAUAUAGCAUAUUAUAUUGUUUACUUGAAGUGCAUUGUACAAGUUAUUGUUCAGUUCAUCUCAGUGUUGGUCGUCGCUUGUCAGUGUACGGGGCGGGGAGAGCGGACCGCUCGGCGGCCAAUCGCGAGCGGCCCGCCUCCCCCCGCGCCCGCGUACCAUGUAGCCAGAAACCGAAUUUCAAAUGAUAUUAUUUUUGGUUCUUUUAUUUUGUGGAAUUAAAAGUCUACAUUAGUACUGAAACCUACUGCCAACUUUCUGUUAGAAAUCUGAUAUAAUGAAUAUAGUUAAGGGAUGAUUUGUGCGUUUAUUGUUUUAAUUAUUAUGAAUAGAUGUUUACUAUAAGUGAGCUAUUUAAGUGGACAUGUCCUAGAUUAUUUUGUUUAUUUAAAUUUAUGAUAGUAAGCCUGUUGGACGGAGAUCUCGCGCGGGCGCAGCCUACAUCGUUUGUUUGACAUAUCAAUCGUAUUAUAUUGUAAAUCGUUAUAGUGCCGUCUCCCACGGGCGCAUAUCAAGAGUCUAUCCGCUUAAGAGAUUAUUGCCAUUUGUUUCGCAUCAACGCCACGCGAGAUCUCUAUUUUUUUGUUACCUGAAUAAAUAUUAUUAAUAAUUAAUUACGAUUUGUGGUCCAAUGUUAAUGAAUCAUAAUACUUUAACUAGAUAGAUGAUAAAGAAAGGUCGAUUAGGGUGUAGCGUAGCUCGCGGCGCACGCGGCAGUGGACGGUACGUUGCGUUGUAGUUUACAAGAGAAGCAAUCAUUUAUAUACGUGUUUAUAUACAGAGACGGUAUUGUAUUAUAAAAUAGGAGAGCCACAACUACUUGUGGUUACGCGAAGUGGUGCGGUGUAUUUGCUAUAUGUGUGUACGUAGCGUACGUUAGGGCGGCCGCAGCCCGCGCGACACCGCACGGCUAUCUGAAUAUGCAAUAUUUUUAUAUUCAAAGUAAAAUAUAUCAAGUUGUAGCGAGUAAGUGUUUAUAGUGUAAUUGGAGGGUCGUGGCGGGCUGCGCGCGCUCAGAGUGCGGUGUGACGAGCCUUAGAGUCCAGUGUCGAGGAUGAUGGGUGCUACAAGGGACCGACUGACAGCCUAGCAACACAUGCAAUAUGUUAGACCAAUAAUAUAGUACCGAUAUACAGGUGAAGCGAUACUAUAUAAAAACCAGUGCGUUAAGUGAUUGUUAAUAAAAUAGGUAAAAAGAUCUCAGUGUCCAAACUUCUUCGAACAAAUCCAGUGCCCGUUCCAUGUGAUUAAAUAUUAUAUAUAUUUAUUUAUAUAUAUAUAUAUAUAUAUAUGUACAUCAAUAUUUUAAAAAAGUGGAAUUUUAACAAUAUUUUUAUAUAGCUAGAUGGAAUUUUCAAAACGACCUAUUCCUUUCGGCACUUUUCUUUAUGCUUUUGUAAAUAUAUCUAUAGAUUUUAACUUAUUUAUUUUCGUCGCUGGUCGAGGCGCAGCGACGCAGCGGUGCGUGAUGGCGGGUCGGUAGCGACUCGCGCGCGACUGUUUGUCGUGCGACAGUCGCGCCGUACUUAAUCGUUUCGCCUCCGCUGCUACUUCAUAGUCUUUCCCUUUAGGAAAUUUCGUUCUAUAGGUUACAAAUUUUAUUGUAAUAUACUUAUAAUAAAUUAAUUAUUAGUAGUUAAUGAAUGGACCACGCGAAGGUGAAUGCUCUCAGAAUUAUAAGUCGGCUAGUGUAUAAUGCUAAUCGAUACUGUGAAACACGAGUUACCGGUUAGUAGGCAAAAUGUUUGAGCAAGCAUUUAAAAUGAUGCUCGGAAAGUUUUAAUAAUUUUAGUCGAAUUGAUGUUGUUGAAAAAUCAAAGUUUCUAAUAAACUUAAUGUACUUAAAUUUUCAAUGUAAAUUAUAACAGCACCUCGAGAAAAUUAUUGUUAAAGAAAUUAUUUUAAUCGAGCCUAGUCUUAGCAUCAUAAAAUUUAUUUAAAAUUAAUACGGACGCGUGUUCGGUAUGCGAUGUCGUCGCACUUGAAAGUCGCGCGGCGGCGACCAGCGUCGCGUCGCGUCGCGUCGCGUUGCACGCGUUACGCACGCACGAUCGCUUGCGCGUCGCUCGUCAGCGUCGCGCCGACCAUAAAUUUAUUGUAAAUAAAGUGACGAUGUAGGAACCAAACGCACACCCUCACGGCCCAAGUACCACGUACUAGGCCGUUAGAUAGGUAAAAUAUGAAAAUAUUUUGCAUGGAAGCAAUGAGAAGGUUAGUGAUUUGGUAAUAGGCGAGGAGGGCGCUGCGAUCGCCUUAGGCAGAACUUGAAAAUGUUUGUCGUUGACUAUACUAUUUCAAUGUAUUAUUGACGUUAUUUAAUCUGUGUCCGAUGUUUGAAUACAUAAUUCCAAAGGGAAACGUUUUUAAAUUGACAACAUAAUGUUAUAAUCGACUCCCGUUGUUGAGUUUUGACUACCCGACAAUAGAUGGCACUUUCGUUGUAACAAAAUUGUUUUUACGUAUUCUGAGAGUUUUGUACGACACAGUGAUCUUGCUUUUAGUUUUACAAGUCCGAUAUCUUAAUUAUAAUUUAGUUGUUAAUUUUACAAAUACUGUAUUUUCUGCCCCCUAGUUAAGUUAUUUUUCUAUGUAUAGUUAGUUAUAAGUGUAAAUGAGUUAGCACAUAAAUUUGAUGCAUGAUGAUAAUGUUAAUAAAAUAUCCACAAUAAAAUACAA